ACCAAAAAGCACUAAAAACAGAGACAAAUUUCAUUCUUCAUACAGAAAAGUUUCUUGACCUAUGUUUAGUUUUGUAACUAUGUUUAAUAAUUCAUGAUUUUACCAUUCACUCAAGUCUGAGUGGUGGAAAUGCUUUUUGCAUUAAUGAUGAUGAUGGUCUGUUUCACUUCCUUGGCUGCCAAGAGAGUGUUUGCGCAAUGUUAUGUGUGAGAGUAGUCGCGCACAUGUCGCAUUAUGUGAAUUCAGCUGAAUAAAACAAGGCUGUCAGAGUCAACAGCCACACUAGCAACUCUUUGAAGCUUUGAGCUGAAUGCUAAGAUCAGCCAGUGCUACCAUGCUCAUAUUUAGCAGAUAUAAUGUUGACUUAUUCAUUUUUACUACAAUCAAACACAAAGCACAGCUGUGGCUAAUGGAAAUAUUAUUAGUUUAGACCUGGUGGAACUCGGGUUAGUUUAAAGGGACUUGUGCUAAAUUUUAUGGCAGACUAUCACACAGUCGUCUGACAUUUUAGCUUACAUGUGACAUACUAUAGCCACACGGUAAAUUGGAUUCACCACAAAUGUUUGUUCAAAAUUCUGUGCCAAUUCCGUUCAAAAGUGUGGCGAUAUUUAACAGGAAAAAAAUAAAAUGAUGGUGGUGCUUGAGGAACAGACCAGCAGCCACAAAAUCACUAGAAUAGCUAAAAAAGACGCUUUGCCAAUCAAUUAGAUAUUAUUUAUAUAGCACUUUUCAUGCAAAUGGAAUAUAAGGCAAAGUGUUUUAUAAAACAAAAAAAAAAUCCUUACCCCCUCACACUACUCUCAACUGAGAUAUACUGUCAUAAGUAAAUUUCAUAAAUAAAAAUGAACUAAAAGAAAGAUUUUUAAAGGUAGGUCUUCAGUUUGGUUUUAAAAAAUAUCAGCAUUUUCUGCUGCCUUCUAAUCUUCAGAAAAGGCUGUUCCAGACGGCACAAUUGCAAGGAUGUCUCACUGCAGGUUUUUGCUAAAGACUCUUUGCCAUCUUUUUUACUAUGAAUGUGGCUGAUCAGGUAUAUGCUUUGCAUGACAAUACUGAAUCUGUUCAGUUGAUGUCUCAAGAGGGACCAGACAUACACACUGUCUGAUCAGUCUGAAUAGCUGAGAGUUACUCAGUCGUACAGCCACAAAGCAGCUACACAUAACAGAAAAACAAUUCUGCCCACUGCCAAAAUUACAUGUUUACCCAGUAAGGUGGUAUACCUAAAGCCAAGCCUCGGUUUCACAUUCCUCUGCACGCUCAUGAGAAAUGAAACUACUCUUAUCACACGUGCUGGUCACUAAAAUACCUGUAAUUCCACCAGCUGUAUGUGUCAUACUGUACACUAAAAGCAAAUUACAGAUUAAUAAACUUGAUCUUUGUAUUGUAAACAAAAACAUCAUUAGUAAUAUUGUCAUAAAUCACAUUUCUAUAACAAACAUCUAUCAGUGAACCGGUACAGACAUGGGAGAAGAUGGAAGAUUUUGAUGUGCCUGGUUUCUAACAAACUUAAGGAAGUGAUUCUUGCUAAUUUUAUACACAAAAGGCUAACUCUGCCACCUGUUACUUUCAUGUUAUCACUUCAGAAGUGAAUAUCACGCUUCUUUCAGUACUCUGUCAAACUUCACAAUAGAACUCUUGAUAGCAGGAUCUCUUUUCAGUCUCUCACGUACAUAAUGUUCAUCCACCUGAUGUAUGUGGCACUGCUGGGCUUCUGGUCUUUUCUCCCUAAUUCGACAACUAGCAUCUCUUACCCAAAAACUCUGCCAUGUGAUGUUAUUGAUGACAACAACGGGACUGAGGUAAAGGUGGACUGCACCGAGAGAAGCCUCACAUACAUCCCCUAUGGCAUCCCAAGAGACACCACCAACCUGACGCUCACCAUCAACCACAUUCCUUCAUUAAACUCUACCUCCUUUCACGGUCUGGAGAACUUGACUGAGAUUGACAUGAGGUGCAACUGUGUGCCCAUCAAAAUCGGCCCCAAGGAUCGUGUGUGCAUCAAGAGCGUGACGAUUGAGGAAAAUACCUUCACCACGCUGAGGAAUCUGCGAGCGCUGUAUCUAGAUGGCAAUCAGCUCGACAGUAUACCUAAAGGCCUGCCUUCCAAUCUGAUCCUCCUGAGUUUGGAAGUGAAUCACAUUUACAAUAUUUCUAAAGCAAAGCUGUCUGAGAUCAGAAAUGUUGAGGUGCUUUACCUUGGACAAAACUGCUAUUAUCGUAACCCCUGUAAUAAUUCUUACGGCAUAGAGGACGGUGCAUUUGCACAGUUUUACAAUUUAAAAUUGUUGUCUCUUAAGUCAAAUAACCUGUCCUUCAUUCCACAUCAACUACCUACAAGUUUAAGGGAGCUGUAUCUCUAUAACAAUAACAUUACAGAAGUCACUGAUGAGGAUUUCAAAAACUUAACUAACCUUGAGAUUCUAGACAUCAGCGGAAAUUGUCCUCGAUGCUACAAUGCCCCUUUCCCAUGCACCCCCUGCCCGAAUAAUGCACCACUUAAGAUCAGCAAAACGGCUUUUAAAAUGUUGACAAAACUAAAGACAUUACGCCUGCACAGUAACUCCCUGACAAGUGUGCCACGGGAAUGGUUUGACAGCACAUCAGAGCUCAGGGUGCUUGAUCUCUCCUCAAAUUUUUUAGCAAGAGAGAUAGGAGUCACUGCCUUCCCAAAAUCCCUGAGCAAACUAGAGGAGCUGGACCUUUCAUUUAACUACGAGCUUCAGAGGUAUCCUCAAACACUGAGACUGAGCUACGCUUUCUGCUAUCUCCAGUCUCUUAAAAUUCUCAGAAUAAAGGGCUUUGUGUUUCAGCAGCUAGAACCAGAAAGCAUUGCUCCUUUAAAAUCUCUACCAAACCUGAAGGUUGUAGAUCUGGGUACAAACUUCAUUAAAAUAGCAAACCUUAGUAUUCUGAUGGAAUUAAACAGCUUUGAAAUAAUCAGUCUGUCUGACAACAAAAUAUCUUCACCCUCCGAGGGCCAAGAAUCCUUUGGUUUCUCUGGAGGAGAGCCCUUUCACUGGUCUCCUAUGUCGGCCUCUGCUGAGUACCAAAAUCAGGAAGUGAGAGAGAUUCAUUACUUCAGGUAUGAUGAAUAUGCUCGCAGUUGCAAAUACAAAGAUAAAGAACUUGGAAUUAUUACAUCUUUUGUCAACAGGGACUGUAGUCAGUUUGGGAAAACUCUGGAUGUGAGCAGAAAUAAUAUAUUCUUCUUGCAUUCAAGAUUUUUGAAUCUUAAAGAGCUGAGAUGCCUUAAUCUGUCCGGAAAUGCAAUGAGCCAAAGUCUGAAUGGCUCUGAAUUUACCCAUCUGAGUAAUUUACAGUAUCUGGAUUUCUCAUCCAAUCGGCUGGACCUGCUCUACUCCACCGCAUUUAAAGAGCUGACAAACCUAGUCAUUCUGGAUAUAAGUAACAAUAACCAUUAUUUCGAAUCAGAAGGCUUGACUCACAUGCUUAAUUUCACAAAGAAUUUAAAAAAGCUCAAGACACUACUGAUGAACCACAACAAGAUCUCUACCUCCACCAACACAGAGCUGGAGAGUGAAUCUCUAGAGAGGUUAGAGUUCAUAGAUAACCGGUUAGAUAUGUUGUGGAGAGAUGGAGACAACAGAUUUGUCAACUAUUUCAAAAAAUUACUUAAUCUGGCUGUCCUCGAUAUCUCUGAAAACAACCUCAAUUGUAUUUUAGCUGAUGUGUUGAUCGGUUUGCCAGACAAGCUGUCCGAGCUCUACAUUAAAAACAACAGAAUAAAUUCAUUUGCCUGGGAGAAGCUCCGAUUUUUAAAGUAUUUAAAAGUCUUAGAUCUCAGUGGAAACAGCUUAACUACGGUUCCAUCCAUGCUGUCAAACUGUACAACAUCUCUCACGACACUCAUCUUACAAAAAAACCACAUCCUAAAACUCACAUCAGAUUUCCUCAAGAAUGCCUAUAACUUAAAACAUCUGGAUCUUAGCUCUAAUUACAUACAAUACAUUGAAAAAUCCAGCUUUCCUGACGAUGUUCUUAAUCAAAUGGACAUGUUACUUCUGCACAACAACCAGUUCUUGUGUACUUGCAAUGCUACUUGGUUUGUCAAAUGGCUCAACAGUACCUCGGUAACCAUUCCUAGGCUGGGUACAGAUGUUAACUGUGCUGAUCCAGGGGCACAGAGAGGUCAGGCUGUGGUCUCAGUGGACCUGUUGGCCUGCCAGCACAACUACCUGUCAAUCAUUCUCUACACCCUCAUGACUUCCCUCAUCCUCAGCUUCCUCACCCUGUCCAUCUCCAGCCAUCUCUUCCUGUGGGACGUCUGGUACAUCUACCACUUCUGCAGGGCCAAGCUCAAAGGCUAUGGCCGCCUGUACUCCCAGAGUGCCGUCUAUGAUGCCUUUGUGAUCUACGACAAGGAGGAUCCUGCGGUGUCAGAGUGGGUGAUGAAGGAAAUGUGCGUGCAUCUGGAGGACCGCGGAGAACGACGCCUGACGCUGUGUCUGGAGGAACGAGACUGGAUCCCUGGAUGUCCCCUGAUUGACAACCUCUCCCAGAGCAUCCACAAGAGCAAGAGGACCGUGUUCAUUCUCACCAAAAAGUACAUCAAAGGGGGGAACUUCAAGACAGCUUUUUACAUCGCCAACCAAAGGUUAAUGGAUGAAAAAAAUGACGUUAUUGUACUGAUUCUCUUGGAGAAAGUACCUUGCAAUUCAAAGUACCUGAGAUUACGGAAGAGGCUGUAUAAGCGCUCUGUGCUGGAGUGGCCCACAAAUCCUCAAGCUCAGCCAUACUUCUGGUUCAGCCUGAGAAGUGUUUUAGCAACUGAAAGUCACAAGCAAUACAGUAAUCUCUUCAAAGAGACGCUAUAAAUAGAACAAUUACU